AUGCUGAGCUAUUGGCUUCAGUUUGAAGCUCCAAGACAAAUAAACGAAAUUGUGGGGCAUUCUUAUAUUUCCCCUGAUCGUGUGUUUGGACAAAUUGAAAGGAUUUUUAAAAAACACUCAAUAAUUGUUUAUCCUGAUGAAUAUGUAAAGAUAAUCAAAAAGUUUACCACUCUUUACAGAGCUCGAACUGGUUUUGAAAUUAAGGACUGGAAGGCUGAAACUCAAAAAAUGGAAUUAUCAAAUCAAAUGGGAAUUACGGCUGAACCUCAUAAAGUUAUUACAGAAGAUGGAUACAUCUUACAGAUAUUUAGGAUAAAAACUCUAAAUAGGAUGGAGCAAGACAAUCGAGAGCCAGUAUUAUUACAGCAUGGCAUGCUUGGAUCGUGCGAACAUUUUCUACAGGCCAAAAAUAACUCCUUAGCUCUAAUAUUACUUAACAAUGGUUUCGAUGUAUGGCUAGGAAAUAGUAGAGGAAAUUUUUAUUCUAGAAAGCAUGUAUCGCUGGAUGCUGACAGAGAUAAGGAAUUUUGACUGGAUCAAUUAGGACAAUACGAUCAACCUGCCGUAAUAGAUCACAUUUUAAAGACAACCGGAAAACAACAGCUAUCCUAUAUUGGACAUUCCCAAGGAGGCGGAGCGUUAUUGGCAAUGGCAUCCGGUCGUUCUGAGUAUAACCAAAAAAUUAAAAUAUUCGUGGGAUUAGCUCCUGCAGCGUAUAUGAGACAUAAUCGGCAUCCUUUGCUUUUAAUUCCAAAAAGUGUAGUUGACUUUUUAAAGGAUUUACUUCAAUUGCUUAACAUAUAUGAAAUGGACGCAGUCUCUAACAGUGAAUUGUUCUCUAAAAUAUUCCAAGGUAUGUGUGGCGAAAAAGUAAACUACAGAAUCAAUUGUCGCCCAUUAAUUGAUUUUUUAUCAGACAGUUUAAAUUCCCUUUUUGAUUAUAGCUUAGCUCCUGAGAUUUUUACAACUACGCCAGCUGGAAUGGGCUUCUUUCAGGUUUUACACUACGUGCAAAUGCAUACAAACGGAAGAUUUCAAAAAUAUGAUUGGGGCCCAGAAACAAAUUUACAAAAAUACAAUUCAACAGUUCCUCCAAAAUAUGAUUGGUCAAAGAUCACAUGUCCAACAGUAUUAAUAUAUGGUUUAAGUGAUGCGCUGGUUAACCAUCAAGUAAAGGAAGCCGUAGUCGAUGAGAUACCGGAGGAAUCUAUUUCAAUUCCUGGUGAAGGUCCAGUAUUGAGAGGUAACAAUUUCAUACCAGAAGCCUUGCCCGAUGAAACUUUGGAAAUCGCUUCCGAUAAGAAUUCGGAAGACUUAUCCUCGGACACAACUGUUCAGACACAAUAUCAGAAAGAAAUUCUGCAAGAUAUUUUAGAUUAUUAUAUCGAAACUAAAUCUCUUUGUGGCAAACGGAGUAAAAAACCCAAUAUUUCUAAAUGGAAUACAGCCAGAACGAAGAAAAUCCCAGAAGAAUGA